AUGGGAAAUCAAAAAUCAAUAUAUAGAUCUUAUAAUUCUCAAAGAACAGAUUACCAACAUAUACUAGCAAUAAAUCAUGAUAGCUCACUUCUUGCUGUAGGUGUAAUUCAAGGAGAAAUGAAAAUGUUCAAGAUUUUGUAUUAUAAAUAACACAAUGUUGAAAAUUUAACUGAAAGUGAAGAGGAGGAACUAUAUGCAAGCGAUGAAAAAGCUUUAACUUAACUUAAGAUUUAUGGUGGGGAUGUUGGUUGCGUCAAUUCUCUAUAAUUUUUAAAAUCUGAAAAACAUAUUAAUUUUUUCCUCUCUGGUUCAGAGCAUUUAAUAAUUAUUUGGAGUCCAAAUGAUUAAUUGAAUCCAGUAUUUUGGUCUCAAUAAUUUAAAAUAGAAUGGACUUAUGCUGAAAUUUUUUCUUGCGUCAUUCAUCCAAAUGAAAACUUAAUUAUUAGUUGUGAUAAAGAGAAUGUGAAAUUUUGGUAAUUACAAGAUAAUAAGUAUGUUUGUUAAUAGAUCAUCAGUGAGCACAAUAUACUAGCAUAUGGUCUAUCAAUAAGUCCAGAUGGAAACAAAAUAAUUUCAAUUGGAGCAGAUAACAAACUUAUUGUGAUGAAAGGUUCAGAUAAAGAAACUUGGUAGGUUGUUUAAAAGAUCUAAUUAUGUAAACAAUCGUUUAAUAUUUGUUUUAUAACAAACCAAAUUUUUACUCUUCAAUCAACUAAUUCAGGGAAGGGAGCAAAGAACUUAGAAAUUUAUAAAAUGGACCAAAAUGAGUAAUUUUUGAUUACAAAAACAAUACCUUUAGAAGGAAAGAAUCAAAGGCAUUCAGGGUAGAGUUGGCCAAUUUAUUCUCCUUCAAAGUAAAUAUUAACAACUAUAAAUGGUCAUUCAUUAAAUAUUAUAAGGUUUAUUUUUUACACAUCAUAAUAUAAAGGAUUAGAAGGGGAAUUUAAUUGUUAAUUAGAAUAAGUGAUUGAUAUAGAUCAUUAAAAUAGUUGUGGAACAAUGAGUCCAGAUGGAGAAAUUUUAAUUACUUGGGAUGUAAAAUCUCAUCUGACCAAAAUAAAAAAAUAUAAUCCAAAUAUAGACAAAUAAUAUUGA